GUGGAAGCCGUGGUGCCUUCUUCUGACCCAUCUGUAUCCGUACAGGUCUUGUACUUUAGAUGACGAUGGGUAGCAUGGACGCUUAGCUGGUCGAGUACCCGUCUCCAACCUGAGGGGAAACACUGCUGAUGGUGGAAGGUAACACGUAAACCUUAGUGGAUUCGAAGUUGAUCACGUGACCGAUGGCACCACAGGACCUUGACUCAGAGAACCAAGAGACGGAUCCCAAGCGGGACAAUGGCGGUCUACCUGGGAUGUUUUCUGCUGUAAGAUGGCGAGUGGCCGUCUGUGGCUUCUUCGGGAUUCUUGUCUCGCAGACCUUCCGGGUCAGCUUCACUGUUGGGGUGUCGUGUAUGGUGGGGUCGCAUUCCAUGCUCCAGGAAAACCUUACAACUUUACCUGUGCCCGGGCAUGGAUAUCAACGCACGUGGAAUACGUCAUGGAAUGGGAACUUUUCAGGAAUUGUCGAAACAAACUCCACAGAAAUCCAGGGCGAAUUUCAAUGGGACAAGAAAGCCCAAGCGACGCUUCUAUCGGCGUAUUUCUAUGGCUACCUGGUCUCACAGGUGCCAGGUGGUUGGCUGUCUCGUCGCUAUGGUACCCGCUGGGUGGUGGCGAUCGCCAUGAUGGUUGCUAUGGCAUGUACAGCCCUCACCCCGAUCUGCGCCAGGACACAUAUGUAUUUACUGUUUGCCAUUCGGGUAAUCCUGGGGGCUGUUCAGGGCACGUUUUUCCCGUCCUUGUUCAACAUGGCUGUAAGAUGGGUCCCUCCGCUUGAGACGGCCCGAUUUGUGGCUGUCGUUAUUGCGGGCUUUCCCAUUGGUCAAGUGGUGACAUUCCCGGUUUCCGGUCUCCUGUGUCAGUAUGGCUUUGACAGAGGAUGGGGAUCGAUAUUCUAUGUGUUUGCUCUGACCAGCCUCGUCUGGAUUGUCGCAUGGCUGUACACGGUGUACGACACCCCCCUUCAGCACCCUCGAAUAUCCAAAGCGGAAAGGGAGUAUAUAAUGGCUCGAAUCGCGAGAAUCGAAUCCAAGCAGGAUCAGCGUAAGAUGGCCCCCUGGUGUAGUAUUCUCGCAUCCCCACCCGUGUGGGGCACCGCCCUGGGGUACUUCGGCAUAGACUGGGUGAACAACACAUUCAGCCUGGGUAUCAUUUUAUACAUGGGAGAAGUCUUAAAGUUCAAGAUUACCUCGUCGGGUAUUAUUGGGUCGCUGCCGCCUAUUGUCUACUUCAUAUCCUCCAUGUUUGUUGGGUGUCUCUCCGAUUUCAUUCUUAAGAAGAAGGCACUGAGUCGAGUAAAUACUAGAAGACUCUUCCAGACAUUAUCGUUCAUGCCCAUGGGCAUCCUGAUGGCGGCGACAGGCUUCGUGACAAAAGAGCACGCAAGUCUCGCUGUCGCCUUCCUCGUCAUAUCUCAGAUGUUUUUCGGCCUCUCUCGUGCCGGGUUUCUCAUCAGCGUCAUGGACUUUGCCCCAAGGUUUGCGGGAGAAAUCUCUGGCGUGUUGAACAUCUUCGGAACCAUGACGGGUCUGUUCGUGCCUCUGGCCAUUGGAACGCUAACACCUAACGGAACACAAGCCGAAUGGCGGACUAUUUUUCUGAUUGGCGGAGGUGUGGCCAUUAUUGGUGCUGUUGGAUUCUGUAUAUUUGCCCGCGGAGAAGUACAGCUUUGGGCGAAGGUCAGAGAGGUCAAUCCUGAAAUGGAAAUUAUGGUUGACGAAAAAACAGAUAAACGAGAACAAAAGACGUCAGCAUAA